UUGAGGAAGUGUAAACAAUUUCCAACAAAUCCAUUGGAGUUUGGGAUUUUUCGCCUGGUUGUACAUACCAAAUUAAAAUCGGUUUGCCUGGGAAAUGGCGGCGACAUGAUCAACAUAUUUAAAGAGAAGCACGAAAUCGGAGUUUCCAUUGCAAAAGUGAUCUCAGAAUGCACCGGCCUCAAAGUUGAGAGAGACGACCUAUGUCCCGAAUCGAUUUGCCCUUCCUGCCUAAGAGAUGCUCAAAAUGCAUUCCACAUAAAGUAUAUCUACGAGAGGAGCACCCUUCUCUACUGGCAGUCAGAAAAGAGUAAGGGUCCCCAGGAGAACGACCUAAAGAAAAGCGGAGGAGGAACUCGGCUGGCUGUCUCUCCAGUUAAGGAUGAAGUGGCUGAGGAGUUUCAUGCGAUGCAGGAAGCAUGUAUGGACCAAAGCCAAGUAAAGGACGUACCAUUUGAAGAGGACGCUCUUGAAAAAGAGGUUCCCACUUUACAAUGCGACACAAGGGCGGAUGUGGCGGAGGAGAGCUUGCAGGUGGGCGGUAUUGGCAAUAGCACGGCUAGCUUAAAGCGAGAAUAUAAGAGCCGUCAUUGUUCAAGAACUCCUGCAUCAAAGUCAGUUGUUGAACGUCAGCUGCGAGGGUAUUCUGGUAAACAAAAACUCCAGUGUCCGAAGUACUUUCUUCGGAGCUCAAGUCUGAGCGCCCACCUGCUAGUCCACACAGGCCGACCAGUUUUCAACUGUUCCCAAUGUCCAAAAAGGUUUUUCAGGAAGGCACGUUUCGAUUACCAUUUGCAAGAACACACAAGGUUCAAGUGUUCUCACUGCUCACAGGACUUUGCCAAGGACUCGACUCUUCAAAAACACUUAAAAGUUCACUUGGGAAAGCGGUCAUUUAAGUGCACCCAAUGCCCAAAGGCUUAUACCCAGGCAGGGAAUCUUAAGGUGCACAUACGAACACACACGGGAGAAAAGCCUUUCAAAUGCACCCACUGCUUAAAGAGUUUUGCAUGUCAUUCAGGUCUUAGCUCGCACAUGAAAACGAUCGCAAACGAAAAACCGUUCAAGUGUUCCCACUGUUCAAGGGCCUUUAACCAGGCACAGAGUCUUAGGGUGCACAUACGAACCCACACGGGGGAAAAGCCAAUCAACUGCACCCACUGUUCAAAAACUUUUGCGCAUAUUUCAGGUCUUAGGUCUCACAUGCGAACGGUAAAAGGCGAAAGACCGUGCAAAUGUACCCAAUGUCCAAGGGCUUUUUCCCAGAAAAAUGCUCUCCGGGCUCAUCUGGAGGGUCACCUGAAAAGUACCGCGCAAGAGAGACCUUUUGUGUGUACCCAGUGCUGGAGGAAUUUUGCAACACCUAGACACUUGCAGAUACACUUGUGGGCACACACUGCCAGAAAACCGUUCAAGUGUUCCCACUGUUCAAAGGCGUUUAGGCAGACAGAGCAGCUUAGGGCACACAUUCGAACCCACACGGGAGAAAAGCCGUUCAAAUGUACCCACUGCUCAAAGGCUUUUGCAAGCCGAAGUAACUUUAUUACCCACAGUCGGACACACACAUAGCCCUACCAAAGCCACAGCUGUUAAGAAACACAAUUGGAGUCACGAAGAAGACUGAAACAUUCCAACUUUAAAGUCGCGCAAUAUGAUAUGUGCAGAAAGAUCAAUAAACUAUCAUCUAGCUGUAGGUAUUCUUACUGAAAUAUGAAUACAAAAAAUCCGGAUCUAACAGCUUGUGAUUUUCAUAUAAUAUUGUUAAUUAAUAUUAUAUAUAUAUACACCUCUUAACGAGGACGAAAUCGAGUGACGAUCGCACCUCUAACUAACAAAAGUUCUGAUUUCAACUUUUUUUGUCAAAAACGUAGUAUAGGAUCUACUAUAUAUAUUUUCUUAAGUGUGCCUUAGCACACUCUCCUGCUGCGAUUCGUCAAUACGUAAACUGUCAAUCUGUGCCUCUGUUCUGCACAAAUAGAUUGAAAUUAAAAUUUCUCUUUAUCUAAAUUUGCAUAUAUUUUAUUCUUAUAUAUCCUUACACUAAGCACGGGUUUACAAUUUUUAGAUUAACACUUUGUCUAUUAUUUUUAUUAAGCACGUUUUUUUCCACUCAAUACAACAAUAAAUUAUUAUUGUAUUUUUAUGAAUAGUGUGUGUGGUAUGCGAAUAUUUGUAAGUGUGUUCACCACUCACUUAAACCUAUAAUAUAAAUAAGCUUGGUUUUUGUGUUGUAAA